AGCGCGCGGUGGACGGACAGGAGCCGGGCGGGCAGGCGGGCGCGCGCGCGCGCGCGCGCACGAGAGGCAGAGUGACUGACGGGCGCCUGGAGGGCUAGCGGGCGCGAAGCCGGGGGGCGCGUAGCGGGCGGCGAGGGCGGCCGGCCCGGCACGCGAGCCUGUGAGAGGGUUCGGCCGAGUUCCCUUUGUGAACCCGCCUCCGGGCGGCGCGGCCUGUCGAAGGCGGCCUCCCGUGGCGCGAGAGAACCUUCCAGAGCCUUCCAGAACCUUCACGUUCCUGAGGCGCCACGUGCUGCCGCGGCUCCCACGGCGCAGCCUCUGGGAGCGGCCCGGGAAGCAGGUAAGAUACUCGCUCUGGCUUCCUGCCGCCCGUGAGUCUUUGCCCUGUACGGUCCCCCAAGAUGUGUCUGCCCGCUUUUCUUCCAGUCGGCUGAAUGCUGCAUUCUCCACAGUGUUGCCUCAGGCAGCUCCACGGAGAUGGCCCUGAGCUGGGCUGCCGGGCUGUGGGUUCAGGGCCCGUAUCCCACCCGACGCCGGUCCGGCCAGCCCAGGCUGCGGCUCUCGGGUAUUUGCCAGGGUUUCCACCUCGCGCCCCUCGGCCCGAGGCCAUCUCCUGCGUCCAGCUGCUCUCGUGGCCGGUUAGCGGCUACGGCGUCUGCAGACGCUUGCCAUCGAGGGAGACCCCGUGACCCCAAGGGGAAAUAGACACUGGUCACGGUUCAGGAUUCUGCUGGGCGGGACAGCCAGUCCCCGCAGAGCCCGCAGGGGGAAGGAACGGGUGCAAGGCCGGGAGCUGGCCCCCCUUCUCCCUAGAGAGCCCUCAAGUACCCAGAUGCAAGAGGGUGCGACCGUGACCGCCGUCGGCAGAGAGCUGUUACCAGGCCUUGUCCGGAGGGUGGAAAGGAAAGUGUCCCCUAUUGUCUCCCCAAAAUGACACACAAAACAGGGACAAAGAGAGCCUGCCUGGCUGGAAGGGCUCUCGGCCCCCGAUUUCCACAGUGGCCCUGGGGACAGCAGACAACAGGCAGGGACAGCAGAAAACGUGGGACGACAGCCCGCUUUGUGCGCCACCGGCUGGCCGUGUGAGAGGCUGAGGCUUUCUGCAGCCGUGUCCAUCCAAUUUCAGGAGAACCGGAACCGUGGGAGGGUUCAGCGGGCCCAUUGUGCCCUGCCCUGCCCCCCCCCACCCCCCCCAGGACUCGUGGGGCCCGGCAUCCCCGCGGGCAGUCAGCACAGCUUUUUGGGAGAAGGUCCUGCUGAGCACUGGGCCCUGGAACCGGGACGGGUCAGAGCUGGGGCCUAAGGCAGCUCGGAGAGGGUGGCCCCACAGUGAGUGUCCCGGGGCUGGAUGUGGGGCCCUCGGCUUGCCCCUUGUCGCUCGUUCCAUCCCACCCUCCUGACUUCCACCCCCUGACCCCACCGCGGCCUCCCUCCCCAACAGGGACACCCGUCUGCCGUCCUGUCAGCGCCAGGAUGGAGAAGGUUCUCCCUGCUUCCCGUGGGUUAGCGAGUGGAGGGUUUGUUGGGGUUUCCCGGGUUUUGGUCUUAACACUUUACUAUAGUUUGCAGGGGGAAAUUUCCAGAAGGGCAAGGGAGGCAGCACUCUGCUUGGAGCCAAAGGAAACACACUCAGAACAAGACACGGCGUUCCUUGCCCGUGGGAGGAGUGGGCAGGCGGCCCUCCGGCCUGGGGGGCUGCCUGGGCAAGGGACAGGUUGGACAGCCGCCUGGCACCUACCCCCCGCCGCCCGUCCCUCUGCUUCCGAGCGCUCGGCACGUGGGGCGGUCCCGGGGCCCUCGAGAAAGCAGGGUCCCGAGAGGCGGCGGCGGCACCACGUGAGCCCCACGCCUCCAACACCCCCCAGGGAAGCGCACGCAGGGCGGCCGGCCUGGCCGGAGCCGGACGAGAGCCGGGGCCCGGGGAGAGGAGCCCACGGAUGGAGCACGGCCCGGGCCGGGGAGAGGAGCCCCGGGGGGAGGGAGGCGGAGCUCAGGCAGCUAACGCUGACCACUGACCUGCGGAGAAGAAGGACGCCAGCCCGACGGCAGUCACGGGAGCUUGGGGUAGCAGCCUGCCUUCGGGGACUUUUAAGUCAGCCACCGCGGACAGGUCACCUCCGGCCUGGCCGAGCGCGGGGCUCCGUUCCUCCAGGAGGUGACGUCUGUCCAGAGCCGGACGCCGGGCGCAGGGGGGCAGGGCUGCGAAGGCAGACCGCGGCCCGGCGGGGAGGACAGGACAGGAUGCGUGGGGAAAGGUUGCGACAGUCAGCGGGGCCAAGUGACGCACGGGGUACGCAUCCAUCGUCGGGGGAAAGAAAAGUGGUCCGUGAGCACCGGGCUGGAGGCGUGGACACGGGCAGAUGCGCCCGCUCGGGGCCAGCGUGGGUCCGGUGGACGCCUGUGCGCCGAGAACCGCGCGGGCGGCGUGGGCGCCUUCCCGUCUUUCACGUUCUCGGCGUGUUCGUAGCGGCAAGAAGGCCACCAGUGUUCUGCCAGGGCCCGCGAGGCACCGCGGGGGCCGGGGGUCGGUCGGCACGGGGAGGCGACAGGGCAGGGGUCCGGGAGCAGGUCCCGGCCCCGGGCCGGCUCUGACACUAAUUCCCUGUCAGAGCAGGGGUUAGCGCUGCCCUCGCGUGACCCUCCUGUGAGAAACAGUGACAACUGUAAAAUCACAGACCGCUGGGUCCGGGGACCACAGACAAUGACGCGACCGUGCAACCACCCGGCGCGCUGAAAACCUAGCACACCGUCUCCCAGAAUACAGGCGGAUGUCUCCCAAAAAUGUUGAACUGUUUUUUUUUUUUUUUUUGUAUCGUAAGAAUACGUUCUCCUUAAAAUUUUU